AUGGAAGCAAAAGGUGGAGAAGUGAGAAGACUUCACAUCAUCUAUUUCCUUAGUCAUAUGGGUGGUCAUGCAGAUCAACCCCAUCUCAUUCGUGUUCUUCAUCUAGCUCGAAAUGGGGUUUAUCUUAGAGAUGUUAAGAGAUGGCUUGGGGAUUUGAGAGGAAAAGACAUGCCUGAAGCUUUUGCUUGGUCCUACAAGAGGAGGUACAAGACUGGAUUUGUGUGGCAAGAUUUGUUGGAUGAUGACCUUAUAACCCCCGUUUCUGACAAUGAAUACGUCCUCAAAGGAUCACAAAUCCACCCUUCCCCAUUUGAAACUCCUUCACUUGAUGAAAAGAAAACUGUUAGUGAUAUAAUGGCUGAGAAGGAAUCCCCUCAAGCACAAGUUGUAGAGGACAAACAACAGCAACAGCAACAACCAUCUCCAUCAGAAGAAGAACCUCAAAUUCAAAGGAAUCCUGAUUCAAAAACGGAUACUCCAACAAAAGGGUCAUCAGAAAUCAGCCAGGAUUCGUUAGUCUUCAGCUCAGAAAGGUCAUCUGUGACAGAUGAUUACUCUUCUAAAGUUGAAGAAGAGAAGCUUUUGGGGACAGGCAAAGAGUGUUUCAAUGAACAGAACCAUCACGAGAAGAAGUUAGAGAACUGCUCAUUGCCUUCCUUGUAUCACAAUCUGUUGAGUAAGAAGGGUAACAAAAUUGACCAGAAUAAAACUAGUACACCUGAUUCAUCAUUUUCUACUACAUCAUCAUCGUCAUCAUCAUCUCAAUCCUCCUUUGCUAAGAUCAGAAGCAAUUCUACUAGAGUUUCUAAGGUGUUCCGCAAUUGGAUUUCUUGUGGCAAUGUGGAAACAAAUGAUGCAGCCUUAGUCCUGAUGAAUGGGGCUCAGAAAAAUGUCUUUAAGGAUCCUAACAACAUACCAGACAAUAAGGCUGUGAUUUGUAAAGGGGACAAAUUGGGAGGAUCAGCAAGGUGUUCUGGGACAUCUUGGAUUCAUCAUCAUCAACAGUCACAGAAACAACAAUAUGGCUCCAGAAAAAGCUUUGAUGGAGAGGAAACAAACAGGAGCAGGAAAACUUUAGGCGAGUUCAUGAAUAUUCAAAAACCUUACAAACCAUUUGGUGGACCAACUUGCUCGCAAUGUGGAAAGACAUUCAAGCCUGAGAAAAUGCACAAACAUAUGAAGUCCUGUAAAGGAAUAAGAAGCGUGGGAACUUCAGCUGCAACUGCUGAGAAGACACAGCUCCAGAAAUCACCAACUUCCACCUGUGAAGAUCACCUUUUGACCAACUAA